GUAAUAAUGAGGGGCUUGAUUUCCAACUGCGUUUUUGACCUGGCGGCCCUGGGCCUCUGCCGGCUCUUGGAGUGACGAGGGCGGAGGAGUGGGACGGGCCGGAGCGCGCCAUGGCCGAGAAGUGCGACUGCAUGGCCAGCAUGUACGGCUACGACCUGGGCUGCCGCUUCGUCAACUUCCGCCCGCUGGGCUUCGGGGCCAACGGGCUGGUGCUGUCGGCCCUGGACAGCCGCAGCUGCCGCAAGGUGGCCGUGAAGAAGCUGACGCUGGGCGACGCGCGCAGCAUGAAGCACGCCUUCCGCGAGAUCAAGAUCAUCCGCCGCCUCGACCACGAGAACAUCGUCAAGGUCUACGAGGUGCUGGGCCCCAAGGGCGCCAGCCUGCGCGGCGACUUCUUCAAGUUCAACAUGGUGUACAUUGUGCAGGAGUACAUGGAGACGGACCUGGCGCGGCUGCUGGAGCAGGGCAAGCUGGCCGAGGAGCACGCCAAGCUCUUCAUGUACCAGCUGCUGCGCGGGCUCAAGUACAUCCACUCGGCCAACGUCCUGCACCGUGACCUCAAGCCGGCCAACAUCUUCAUCAGCACGGAGGACCUGGUGCUGAAGAUCGGUGACUUUGGCCUGGCCAGGAUCGUGGAUCAGCACUACUCGCACAAGGGUUACCUGUCCGAAGGCUUGGUGACGAAGUGGUACCGCUCCCCCCGUCUCCUCCUGUCGCCCAACAACUACACCAAAGCCAUUGACAUGUGGGCAGCGGGCUGCAUCCUGGCCGAGAUGCUGACUGGGAGGAUGCUCUUUGCCGGGGGCCACGAGCUGGAGCAGAUGCAGCUGAUCCUGGAGACAAUCCCUGUGAUCCACCAGGAGGACAAGGAGGAGCUGCUGAAGGUGAUGCCCAUGUUCAUCAACAGCACCUGGGAGGUGCGGAAGCCGCUGCGCAAGCUGCUGCCCGAGGUGGACAGCGAAGCUAUUGAUUUUCUGGAGAAAAUACUGACGUUUAACCCCAUGGAUCGAUUAACGGCCGAGAUGGGGCUGCAGCACCCCUACAUGAGCCCCUACUCCUGCCCAGAGGACGAGCCGGUGUCUCAGCACCCGUUCCGCAUCGAGGAUGAGAUCGAUGACAUCCUGCUGAUGGAAGCCAACCAGAGCCAGAUGUCCAACUGGGACAGGUACCACAUCAGCCUCUCCUCCGACCUGGACUGGAGGCACGACAAGCAGCACGACAUGGACGAGGUCCAGCGCGACCCCCGCGCCGGCUCCGAGCCCACCGCGGAGGAAGCGCAGGUCGACCCACGGAAAUACUCGCAGAGCAGCUCGGAGAGGUUCUUGGAGCUGUCCCACUCCUCCAUGGACCGAGUCUUUGAUGCCGACUGCGGGAAAUCGUGUGAUUACAAAGUGGGAUCACCCUCCUACUUGGACAAAUUGCUGUGGAGGGACAGCAAGCCCCACCACUACUCAGAGCCCAAGCUAAUCUUGGAUUUAUCCCACUGGAAAAGGGCCACCAUCGCCCCUCCCGCUGAGCUGUCGCUGGAGGAGGAGCCGUCCAACCUCUUUCUGGAGAUUGCCCAGUGGGUGAAGAGCACGCAGGUGGGGCUGGAGUGCCCCGGCUCUCUCCCGGAGAUGCAGGAGCGCAGCCUGCCCUCCUCUCCUCACCGCCUCCACCAGGAGCCCGCCCAGGUGAGCAGCGAGACCGACCCCGAGUUUGACUUGGACGUCUUCAUCUCCAGGGCGCUGAAACUUUGCACAAAACCCGAGGAUCUUCCAGACAACAAGCUCAACGAGAUCAACGGGGCCUGCAUCUCCGAGCACCCCGGGGACAUGGUGCAGGCAGAGGCGUUCCAGAAGGAGCGGUGGUGAGGAACCCGCGCC